AACAAAAAUGGACGUCGCUGGGGCGUACGGAGCUGGUAAAGCCGGAGCUCCGAUAGAUCCAUUGAAUUUCAUUCAACGACCGCCAGUUAUUUUGCGAGCAGUAUGUUUGCUGUUCGCCAUCAUCGUGUUCGGCUGCAUCUCGUCGCAGGGCUGGGUGACGGAGGACGGCAAGCAGGUGUGCCAGUACAACAGGGACGCCAACGCCUGCAACUACGGCGUGGGCAUCGGCGUCAUCGCGUUCCUCGCCUCCGUCGGCUUCCUGGCGGGCGAGUUCAUGUUUGAGCAGAUGUCGUCGGUGAAGACGCGCAAGCACUACGUGCUGGCCGACCUGGGCUUCUCUGGCUUCUGGGCCUUCCUGUACUUCGUGGGGUUCUGCUACCUCACCAACCAGUGGUCCAAGUCGGCCGACCCGGACGAGGGCUACGGAGUCAACAACCUGCAAGCGGCCAUCGCCUUCUCCUUCUUCUCCAUCUUCACUUGGGCUGGCUGUGCCUGGUUCGCCUACCGGCGGUUCACCCAGGGCUCCGAGUCGGCAUUCGCCCCGAGCUACGAGGCCGACCCCGGCUCCAUCCCGGGGGGCGGCCCCUACUCCUCGUACCCCGUGGGCAUGGACGGCGACGCCGGCUACCAGGAGCCCCCGUUCUCCGGGGCCCAGACCCGCGGCCCGGUGGGGACGGAGUUCCAGGCCCCCGCCUACUAACGGCGCGGCGGCCAGAGACCAGGCCCGUGCGUGCGUCCGGCGCGAGGACCGUCUGGCCGGCGGGAACGGCCCCCCCUCACCCCCCCCACCCCCCACCUUGAGUCACCUCGUCUCGCGCCUGCUCCCCCCCCCUUGUGUCUGUCCGUCUGCGCAGGGAGGCCGCGCGACCGCACGUCUUUGUUUGUUUGGCGCCAACCACACUCAGUCUUUUGCAUCGUGAACGCCCUGACACGGCGUUCAGUUCCUAUGUUCAUUGUUAUUAUUUAUUGUUAAGAGUUGAAAAAAAAAUUUCUUUGUUAGUGAUGUUUGCACACUAGUAGUGGUUGUUACGUGUAAUGUUUACUGUAAUCGUAAAACUGUGUUUCUGUUAUUUUUUGAAGUGGUUUGUAACGUGUUAGUAAAUUUUUUUUUUUAAAUUUUUUUUAUGUUAGUUAAAAACACGUACUUAACCAUCGUAGUUGGAGAUUCGCCUAGCAACCUGUAUUAUAAAAAAAAAUUACACAAAGUUAUUGUAUAUUCGUAUGUAUCUAAAUAUGUACAUAAUGCAAGUGUGUGUAUGUAUGUAAAUAAGUACCCCACCACAUUGAAGCUUUGCUGUAGGUUCUAGGAAGAUGAUGUUGUCUGUUGUAUUUGUAAUCCAUGUACAAACAUUUUUUUUUUCAUAUUUGAUAUGUUUUAUUUUAAACGUUUCAUAAAAAUUUGUGGAUUAUCCUUGUUGGUGGCUUUGUUAAAUUUUGACGUAGUUAGUCUUGUCAGCAAGUUUUUAUUUUUGGAAUAUGUGAGUAAAAAAAGCAAUGUUCUCUAACAUAAAGAGUGGUUUCAGAUAAAUAAAAAAAGUAUUGUAGCGGCAAAAAUGAGACUUGUAAAGAUCGUGAAAUAUUUGGUGUUGGAAACAUUUGUGCAGUCAGGAACAUUGUGUGGUGCCUGCGUUAGAAUUCGCCCAGAAUGAUCUCGUAAUGUUUUUUGAAUCGGUUGUCCCGUGAAAAAAGCAUUUUUGGCUGCUUCGGUUCUGUUGCCUUAACAUUUGUGUGCAGAUCUGCGAGUGUUUCGGUGUGGUGUUAGUGGUGAGUAGAUGCUGUUUCGAGAUGUGAAGUCAGUCUUGGGUGUUUUCGUGUUCAGUGUAUUUGUAGUGACGAGUCCUUCCCAAGUCCUCGGUGGGGACUUGUUAGGCUUCUCGACGAAAUGUCGGCAAGCAGCUAACCUUCGCUAUGUAGAUACUGCUACAGGCUAGGUCAUUGUCGAUAUCAACUUACGCGUAAAGUAAAUCCCAUCUUUUUUUUUUUUUUUUUCUUUGUAUUUUCACUUAUUAUUAUGAGGUACAAGCAUAUAUAUUUUUUUUGUUUUAGAUUUUUUAUUACACAGUGAUUCUGCCAGUUAUGCAGUAACAUCUCGGAACUUGCUAUGUUUCAUGUCAGCUAUAAGAUCGUUUUUAUGUACUGCAGUUUUUCUUGCUGAAACUUGUAGUGGAUUAAAGUUUUCUUUUAAUUCUGUAAUAAUUUGAAGUAUAAGUAAUAGAUGCUUGUAUUUGUCAUGAAAUGAUUUAGAGUUUAGCAUGACGAAACCGCUGGUGCAGGCAUGUUGUUUUCGCGAAAAAUGCCUGCUCCUUGGUUUAAAGGUUUUUUUUUAUAUCUAAUGUAAAAAAAACCAAGACAUAGUAUAUUAUUAUAAAAAUGUUUGCAAAGUAUAUUUGAGUGUGUGUUACUGGGAAAAGUUAUGUUUGAACAGUUGGCAGUGGCACAAGCGGACCAUGAAGUACCUUGCGUGAGUGUGAAGUGAUGUGUCGUAGCUGCAGGACGCCGAGAGGGUAGUGUACAGACAGUUUUAAAAAAAAUAUUCUAUGUAACCAGAUAUAGAUGUUUUGGAAAGUACAGUAAACUCUCGAUUAUCCAUGUUAAUUGCAACCUUUCGAUGCCUGGAUAAUCGGCAUCUCCUGAAAAGAAAGUUAAUCCGAUUCCGGGCGAGGACCGCACUGUUAAUUUGUCUUCGCUAAAACUCUACGGGCCCAAGGAAAGUCCUUGUGGACUGUGUCUCAGCUCAUUGGAACGUUAGCAAUACUGCACUGUCGCCAAGGGGUCCUCCCGUCUCCGCCUCUGUCCUGCUUCGUUGCCGUACGGGGGCCAUCCCCUCCAGAGCUCAGCCCUCGCUGGGCGAGAAGCGUCUUGGUGACUGGUCACCAGGCCCCCCACCCCUCCCUGGCUGCAAGGUAUUCCUUCUUGAAACCAGCGCGCACAUUACGGUCAGUAACUUGUGGCAGGAAGGAGGAAUACAAGUCGCUCUUACAUUACGGUCAGUAACUUGUGGCAGGAAGGAGGAAUACAAGUCUCUCUUCGACACGCCAGUUCUUCGAGGUGUCCUCUGCACAGACCUACCACAGGAGUUUCCAUAAAGCAUGCCCAUCUUGCGGAGCUUUGGCUGAAUCGUUCGUCGUGAAAUGUGGCAGUUGGAAGCGUGGGAAUUCAAUAGCAAUGGGAAAACAAUGUCAUUGCGGAGCAGUUGCGUCAUGAAAACCUGUGGUGAUAGACGUAAGAAGUUUGCCUUCACGUACGCUGCUGGUUGGCGGGUAUUUACAACGGCAGAAAAGGGAAAGUUAACUCGCCACUGCUCAGGAGAAGUAUGCGUGUGCUUACAAAACGUGCUUACACAAAUAUUUGCUAAUUUAUUUUUAGAUUGUUCCUGUGUUCCUUCCUAUAUCCGAAGACGGGCGGGCGGUAGACGUAGCGUGGCGGUGUCAAACAAACAAGAUGGAGACGCAACGCGGCAGUCAGGGUUUCGAGCGAGGCACGUGGAGUGGCGGGAGAUACGGAGGGAAGGGUCGGACCAGACAUCUUUCCGACAGUGACAGGGUUUUGAAAAUUGUAGAACGGCCAAGCGGAGAACUGAGCGGGAACAAGGGCAUAGAUUUUUUUCGACAGCCUCAGAAUACAACAACUCUUAACCGAACUAAAUCCAAGCAAGGAUAACCCAGAAACCGGGUAAUUUGUGCCCGAAUAAUUGAGAAUUAACUUAUUAUAAAUUUCAUUUGUUUGGUGAUUUUAUAGUUUUGUAGUUCACAAAAGCAUUCCAGCUGACGAAUAUUUUUGAAUCAACUCUGGCGGACAUCCAUGUCAACUGCACAAAAUUUAAUUUAAUUCCUCUCUCUCCAACAUAUUUUCCAACUGACGUUAUUAGUAACUUUGAUUCAUUCCAGAUGGAAACAAAAUGCAACGUAGAUUCAAAAGAGUUUACACUAGCCAGACUGUGUGAUGGUGUCCAUGUAGUUAUUGAAUCUUCGUGUGUGACGAUGACGUGGUAGAAUUCCUUAUUGGCUGAAGUUGGAAUACUUGUGCGUCGUUGCUGCCUUUGCCAUUGGCUGGCAGCUGCUCCGACCAACUAUCAACUGUCGGAUGUCUUGCAAAUCAAGUCGAUGAGCGGAUGGCGUUGACUAGUUCUGUGGAGGCUGGGGCACUGCCUAUCCCUGGGGACAAGAUUAUGUGGUGAUUUGCGAUAAAACCAAAAUAACACCGCAAAGCAUAUCAGUACGAUAUGUAACAUAAACUAAAGAGACAAAAAAAAUUAAUUUGACAAAAAUUAACUUAAAUUAACAAAUAUAAUUGUCAUGGUAAAAAAAAUUGAAUGCAAUUUAUUUGGCUGGAAUUUGUACUAAAAUGUAUGACCUAAAUGGAUUGGAAAAAAAAUUAUUUUGUUUGAUCUUGUAUGUCUUAUAUUAGUAAAACGUUUUUGCAUUAAUAGUACAAAUUCCUGGGUUUCAUGGGUUAAGGCCAACCUUUUGGAAAUUUAGCGUAUAAUGACGGCAUAAGUUUCAAAGAACACAAAUGUUUGGAUUUAUUUUUUUCCCUGAGUAAUUCUGUUCUAGACCUGAUUAUUAUUAUUAUUAUUAUUAUCAUCACUAAUUUUGCUGUAUAAGUACAUCAGGUGUCAAUCAAAAUGAGACUAUUUUGGUGAAAUAUAUAUACUUGUUAAGAUAUAUUUUAACUACAUAUUUUUGGAAUAAUAUCCUUUUAAAAAUUAAAACAACACUAUAAUAUCCUGUUUUAAAAACGAAAUUGUCCUUGAGAAUAAAACCACAAAAUCUUGUCUGUUCCCAUGGAGGGCUCUUGCCCCAGGCAACGCUGUAACCUGUCCCAGAUAAUCACUUGAAUACAGGGAAAAGUCUUUAAUUCAGCCAGUGGUCUGUGACCAUUAUCCGGGCCACUAGCCACUUGUAUGAUUCUCGCUGCCGGCCUUGGCUGCAGAGUCACUUCACUGCUUUGCCUGCCUUCUCAGUUACCGUCUGUUUUCAUUUCAGUUCAGUGUUUCCUGUUAGAUAGCGUGUAGGCUGGUUCGAAGCUUCGACUGCACGAAUCAGUCAAGCCUAUUAAUAAUAUUCCGUUUGACUUAACCAGGAAAUUUUGUAUCGGUAUUAUUUAAAAACUUUGGUUGUAACGCAAAGCUUCCCAUCUGAUGUGAAGCUUCGCAUUUGUUGCAAAGCUUUAAAACAUUCGCUCAUGAAAAUAAUGUUUUUUUUCUUUUUCUUUUGUGUAUGUUUUGCUUGAAUAAAGUUGGUUACUCAUAAAAUUAAAAGGUAGCACUACGUUUACUUUUUAUGAAUUCUCAAUAUUAAUAUUGAUUGGCUAUUUUAUAAUAUUUAUUGAAUGAUGUUAUGUAUAGGGCACAAUUGGUUAGUCACUUGAAUCAAUUCAAACAUUACAAACGUUAAAUGAUUAUUUGUUUUUUUUACUUCAAUCCUGUAUUUUAUAAAAUAAAUUUGAUACAACUUCUCCGGGAACACUAUUUGCUGUUUGAUUCGACUUUGCGAAUAUUAAAAGCAUUUGAUUAGCUAUUCGCUUCGCAUCACUAAAGUAGUGUAUGCAUGGUCCUAAUAACUAGUUACUGUUAACAUUUUCAUAGUUGGUGUCCCUUCAAUGCCGUCUGGACGUUCAGUAAUGUGGCAAAAUCACUGAUUCUACUUGGCCAUGGCCUCAAAGGAGGGAUUAAAGACUUUUCUCUGAUUUCAACUGUAGUGGAUUUACUUUUCUUGGUUUUCCAUAAAACAUUUGAAUAUCUUGUCACGUAAUAAAUAAUACAUACUAGCAAUAAGUCUUCUCUUUGUGAUAGCAUUCCAGAUUUGUAAACGGCAUGUGUUUUGUGUAAUCUGUUGUAAUAAAUGUUGUCUUGAACAUGUUGGCGUUUGUGCAGUCGCUUAGGACGUAAUUUUAGCUUAACGUACCACUACAGGGUGUGCGCACACUGGAAAAACAGGGAAUUUACGUGAAAUCCUGGAAAAAGGCAUGUAAAUUCCAUAGUGAUGAUAUUUGAGGGGAAAAUGUCAUGCAUGUCAUGCUUCAAUCUACCAUCACCCAAACUGACGGAAUUUUUUAUUUAAUUUUAAAUAUAUAUAUUUUUAAUGCAUUGUCAUAAACAUUAUAUAAUUGCAUAUGCAAAGGUCUGUUUGAAAUAACGUGUAGUUAUAGGACGGAGCCAGCUACAGCAAUGGUGGAGGAUGAAUUUUUUUUUAGAUUUUAUCGUCAGAAAAUUGCUAUGUAAGUUAUUUUUAAAAAAAUGUCCGUAAAAUUUGAAAUUUUGGUCAGGAAUAAGUUAAAGAAAUUUUAUUACAGAUUAUUCUGUAAAUUCUUUUAAGAAUUUGUCGUUAUUGUUGUAAGGCAUACGGCAUACUAGUUUUUUGAAGCUGAGGGAAUUUCAAAUAGAAUGCUUAAAAUAUCAGUGAAGCUAAAUCGAAUUGCGAAUAUUGUUCACGGUAGAACUGUAUUGCACUUAAUUUUAUAAAAUACAGAAUUGAAGUAAAACAUUUAAUAUUGUAUAACGUUUGUAAUGUUUGAACUGAUUUUAAUUUGUUUACCAGUUGGGCCCUAUAUAUAACAUUAUUUAAUAAAAUUAUAAAAUAAUGCAUAAUAUGUAUUAAUAUUGAGUACUCGUAAAAGCAAACAUAGUACCUUCCUCUUUUUUUUUUAUUUACAAAAUGACCAACUUCCUUCAAGCAAAACAUAGAAAAUGCAAAAAGAAAAAAAAAUUAUUUUUGUAGUUGAGUACAGUAUAUCUUAUGCUUUCAAUGCUUUAAAGCUUUGCCAGAAGCUUUCAAGUGAAGCGAGCAGCAAACUUGCCGGCGAAGUCAGAUAGAAUAUCGAGAACUCGGAAAGAGCUUCGACUCGUAGGCUGAGUGGAAGUCCCGCUCAGGGCCACAUGAGACUGCAGUAUAACGGUGUAAAGCCACAGAUGCAGACUCCCAGAAGGGCUUUAAUGCAGGCCUGGGCAAAGCCAGGCGCCGUGCAGGUACCGCCGAGUGCCGUGUGCCGUGUCGAAGCGCUGUCUCCCUCAAGGUGACCAGGUCACGCACUCACCACUCUUGUAACCUGGGCACGCCUUGUUUUACGGGGUACAGGCUUCAUCUCGUUGCUUUCAGAAGAGACCUGAAGAACUUCUACACUAUUUGAAUGUGAACCGUACAAGUUGGGUAGAAUCCUCUUUGGAUGAGGUUUUUUUUUGGGGAUGUCUUGUGAAGUCGGCUUAGCAGAAGGAAAACAUAACUAGUGUUUUGUGUGUAAUUAAGUUUUGUGCCAUUUCGUGUUAGAUUGUACGUAAUGUUAUGGUGAUUAUUGUUUCGUGCAAUACUUUUAAGUCUGUUGUAGUGGUAACAGUAGUGCCAUUUCACUAUUUUUUGUUUAAUGCAAUGUGCUGGUUUCUAAAUGAAUUUUGAAUUUGGAGUGCUCUGGUUCUGAGACUGUUUCAAGAAAAGUCUUGGUUUGUGUUUUUUUGUACAGCAUCUACACAUUUACUAUAGAUAACUUUGUAAUGUGAAAUUUUUUUAUCGUAUUGCGAAUAUUUUCGUUGUAAUCGGACAUUUGUUAGUUGUCCCACUGGAAGGGAAGAACAUGUAGGCUGAAUUCAAUUUCUUGGACGUACGCCAUUGAAGUUUUUGCAUUGCUUCUCAUGGAAAAAAAGUUAAAAAAUGCAAGUUAAGAAAUUAAAUAUGUAAACAUAAACCCACAGAGAACAAGCCUAAAUCAGCUAUGUCAAACAGAUGAACCCAGCGAUGAACCUAAACAGGUAUUGUGGACAAGGCGACAGCACAGGCAAACUCAUUAAAACUUAGUAUCAGACAGCACAAGAAUUUCGAUGGAAGGAAUUUAGUCUUGAAAAAAAAAAAUAGCAGCACAACUGAAUACAGAAGCAAGAUACCUAUGUGUUUUCUUAGUUCAGCUGUACAAAAACACGUGAAAGUAAAGUAAUUGCCCGUGCAUGGAUUCUGCUGGUUUGGUGAUGUGGCAACACUGGUGGCUGAGCCUCGCUCGGAGCGCUGGAGCGUGGAAUGCAGCCCCCAAGAAACUCGCUGGAAAGAUCUAACUCUGUAGGUGAGAAACUGCUGCCAUUAAUUGUUUAAUGUUUGACUGGGGUGUGGGUGAAGGCAUUGUGCUGGUCUGAAAAUUUGGCUCAGAACAUUUGGGAGGCCAAAAAAAAAAUGUACUUAUGUUGAUCUACUCCAGACCGCAUCUGACUUCGGCAGAUGUUCAUGCAGUAAAUCGCUUGGCUACCGACGUGGCGUCGGCGGAUGGACAGACAUCAGGCGGAGGCGAUGGGCUGUUGCAAUUCUGGCCGCAGCGAGAACUAUAAAGUGUUCAGAUAAGCUCGAGUGUAUAAUACUAGUCCAGAUGCACUUUUUUUUUUAAAAUGUUUUUUAUGCAUUUUCUAAGUUUCUCAAGGUCUAUCUAAACUUUAUUUUAACUAUUAUGAAUAUUCAUUUUGCUCUGUUUUCAUUCAGCUUCAUUUAAGUUUAUGCAUAAAGUGAACCUUCAUUGUUUUUUCAUGAAGGCUUGCAUGCAGGAAUGUGUCGAAGACUGGUUUCUCUACAGAUCGUGAAACCAGUUUUUACCGGUCGGUGAAGUAGCCUUGUCGCGCGUACGUAAACACAUAUGAGGUGAUGCCACAUUGAGUCACCUUCAGUGCGCAUGAACUUGGUCCAACUGUUUAGCCCGACACAUUUUUAGUUCCGCGCGUGUUCUAGAGACGCUGCUGUGUCAUGCAAGCCUAGUGCGACGUGUACCUUGAGUGUGCAAGUAGUGCGUAGUCGCGACUAGAAGCGUUGUGUUACUAUACCUCACGAGUUGUAGGUGCCAUUCCUGUACCCUCGUUACGUGUGUGUGUGGUGUCGUCGUAAUGUGUUCUCCCACGUAAGUGUGCGUAGUCACUGCACAGGAGGUGCAGCACUGCAGUUGUGUUUGCAGUCUCCCCUCUCAAUUUUUUUAUUUAAAUAUCUUAAUUUAACGUUUGUUUAAUGCCUGUGUGUUGUAGUCCCCCCCCCCCCCCCCCCCCCCAUGUUGAAUUUUUGAGAUGUUUUGUACCCUGGUCCCGUACACUGCGUUGUUGUCGCACAUUGUACAGUAGGUGGCAGUGGCACGUGUCAAGUCUUCGAGAUUUGUAACGACAUUUUAGGAAUACAAUGUAAACAUUUUGUUUCUGUACAGUGCUAAUAAAGUGUUCAUUAACGUGA